AAAACGAAUUCCUCAUAUCGCCCUUACCUCAGCUCCUAGCCCAGGAGCACAACUACACGCUGCCUGAAGGCCACCAGCCCCAUGUGCUGUACAAGAGAGCAGCUGAAGCGAAGGUCCACCGCUACCAACUGGACUCUGGCUCGAGUCGGGACCUCCCCGUCCACCCCAGGCAGAGUGGUUUGCAACGCGGAAGGGGGCAAAAACAGCACUUCUGUGGGCGACGCAAGAAAUGUAUACGCCCCCAAGCCUCCCACCCAGGACACCUAUGUACAGUCGGACGAAUUCGGCAGCUCAGGCAGGCUCAAAAGAUCCACUGGAAAAGCUCAGAAAGGAGGCAGGUUGAAUGUGGAAACCCUGGUGGUAGCAGACAAGAAAAUGGUGGAGAAUCACGGGAAAGACAACAUAACCACGUACAUCUUAACAGUGAUGAACAUGGUUUCCAGUCUUUUCAAAGAUGGAACCAUUGGGAGUGACAUAAACAUCGUAGUGGUGAGCGUCCUUCUCCUUGAACGAGAACCGGGCGGAUUGACGAUCAACCACCACGCAGAUCAGUCGUUAAAUAGCUUUUGCCAAUGGCAGUCGGCUCUGAUUGGAAAGAAUGGCAAGAGACAUGACCAUGCCAUUUUGCUGACGGGCCUGGAUAUCUGCUCCUGGAAGAAUGAACCAUGUGACACUCUAGGUUUUGCUCCUAUCAGUGGCAUGUGCAGUAAAUAUCGCAGUUGCACCAUCAAUGAAGACACGGGACUUGGUGUGGCUUUCACUAUAGCUCAUGAGUCAGGACACAACUUUGGCAUGAUUCAUGAUGGAGAGGGAAAUCCGUGUCGAAAGGCCGAGGGGAAUAUCAUGUCUCCCACCCUGAUGGGGAAUAAUGGUGUGUUCUCUUGGUCGGCAUGCAGCAGGCAGUACCUCAACAAGUUCCUUAGUACUGCUCAAGCUGCUUGUCUGGUGGAUGAACCUAAACAAACAGGACAGUAUAAAUACCCUGAUAAACUCCCGGGACAGAUCUAUGAUGCAGACACACAGUGCAAAUGGCAAUUUGGAGCAAAGGCAAAAUUAUGCAGCCUCAGCUUUGCAAAGGACAUUUGCAAAUCACUUUGGUGUCACCGAGUGAGCCACAGAUGUGAGACCAAGUUCAUGCCAGCUGCAGAAGGGACUGCUUGUGGAUUGAGUAUGUGGUGUAGAAGAGGUCAGUGUGUCAAAUAUGGAGAACAAGGUCCCGCACCAGUGAAUGGCCAGUGGUCGGUGUGGUCAGAGUGGUCGGAAUGUUCUCGGACAUGUGGAGGAGGAGUAACGUACCAAGAAAGACACUGCAGUAACCCAAAGCCUCAGUUUGGUGGCCGGUUCUGCCAAGGCUCUGGCCGCUUUUAUCAGCUGUGCAACGUUCAACCCUGCCCGCUGGAGAGCCUGGAUUUCCGCCUGCAGCAGUGCGUGGAGUACAACAGUAAGGCUUUCAGAGGACAGUACUAUAAAUGGAAACCCUAUACCAAAGUGGAAGAGGCAGAUAGGUGCAAACUCUACUGCAAAGCUGAAGACUUUGAAUUUUUUUUUGCAAUGUCUGGCAAAGUGAAAGACGGAACGCCAUGUACCCCUAACAAAUACGACGUGUGCAUCGACGGAAUCUGCGAACCGGUGGGAUGUGAUCACAGACUGAGUUCCAAAGCUGUCGUGGAUGCCUGUGGCGUUUGCAAAGGAGACAAUUCAACCUGCAAGUUUUAUAAAGGCUUGUACCUGAAUCAACAUAAAGCAAAUGAAUAUUAUCCAGUGGUCAUUAUUCCACCAGGGGCUCGCAGCAUCGAGGUCCGGCAACAGCAAAUCUCCACCAGUUAUCUCGCCGUCCGCAAUCUGAAGAGAAAAUAUUAUCUAACCGGGGCCCGGACCGUUGACUGGCCUGGGGAAUUCUCCUUCGCUGGGACCGUCUUUGACUAUCAACGCUCUUUCUCCCAUCCAGAAAGUCUAAAUGCCGCCGGACCCACUAAUGAGACACUCGUGUUUGAAAUCUUGGUGCAAGGCAAGAAUCCAGGAAUCGCCUGGAGGUACACAUUUCCCAAGGUGGCGAAUGGGACAAAAACAGCCACCAAGAGGCACACCUAUUUCUGGGUAACAGUGCCAUCGGAUUGCUCGGUCUCCUGUGGUGGAGGUCAUAGUACAGUAAAGGCCAUCUGUGUACGAGACCACCGUACUCAAGUGAAUUCUUCCUUCUGUGGCACCCGGACUAAGCCUACGAUGGAAACCAAACUGUGCAAUACCCAUUCCUGUCCUGCAUACUGGGUCCCAGGGGAGUGGAGUCCCUGCAGCCAGACCUGUGGUGGAGGGCAUCAAAGUCGGCGGGUUCAGUGCAUCCAAAAGAAGACUUUUCAGAACGCAGAAGCAGUGGCACAUUCCCUCUGCCCAGUGAGCACCCCACCCCAAAUCCAGCUGUGCAACAGCCAUGCCUGUCCCCCGGAAUGGAGUGCGGGGCCCUGGUCUCAGUGCUCCAAGACGUGUGGGAGAGGAAGUAGGAGACGCGAGGUCUACUGCAAGAGCUACAAGAAAGCUGAUGUCCUUCCAGAAGGGCUAUGUGCAGGGGUGUCCAGGCCGGAUGGUCACGAGGGCUGUGUGCUGAGUCGAUGCCCCAAGAAUGAACGUUUGCAGUGGGUGCUUUCUGCUUGGAGUCAGUGUUCAGCAACCUGUGGGCUCGGGGUGAGGAAAAGGGAGAUGAAAUGCAGUGAGAAAGCCCUCCAGGGGAAACUGCUCCCUUUUCCGGAACGGAGAUGUCGGAACAUCAGGAAACCUGACUGGAUGCUGGAAGAAGUCUGCAGCCUAAGGCCAUGCCCCUCACACUCAGGGCAUAAUCUGCUGACGGGGUGGUGCACGUCUCCAUGGCAAAAGUGUACGGUCACGUGCGGAGGGGGAGUUCAGACCCGGACCGUGCAAUGUCUCCACCAGGGAUGGCCCAACGCCAGUUGUUUGCUCCAUCAGAAGCCACCAGCGUUCAGAGCCUGCAAUACCAACUUUUGUCCUGCUCCGGAAAAAAGAGAUGAUCCGGCUUGUGUUGAUUUCUUCAGCUGGUGUCAUCUGGUCCCUCAGCAUGGUGUCUGCAACCACAAAUUUUAUGGCAAGCAGUGCUGUAAAUCCUGCACAACCAAGAACCGAUAGCAUCACUUUCCCCUAAAGUUCUGGGGAUGGGAUUCAGCCUAGCUACUUCCAAUAGAAGCAGCCCACUUGGAGCCAGGGACUCGGGCCACACAAGCAACUAAUCGCUCUGGUUCUUCCAUAAACUGCCGGGAAUGUUUG